AGUACCAUACUCCCUAUAUAUGAAAGAAGUGAUUUAUAUUAUGGAGGCACUUCAUUUAUAAAUUCGUUCAAAACACCACACCAAGAACCAUAUAUAACACCAUUCACAAACACUUAGAGGUCAAAUAUGUCUUUUAGUAAGCACCUCAAAGAAAAGCAUGUUGAUGAGAAGAAGGAAAGGGUUCUUGGGGGAACAGAGCACAGCUGGUGCAGGGCGGUCUCUGCCGGCACCGGCAUCACGGUCUUGGCCUUCCACGCCUCGUCGGCGGCCGCGUGUGUUCUCCAAAAUGCCCUCCCCAAGAUCAUAAAUGCCCAUCCCAUCCUCAGGUCCAAGCUCCACUACAACCCCUCCACAAAAACCUUCUCCCUCACCACCACCGCCGUCGCCUCCGCCGCCAGUAUCGUCAGAAUCAAACCCUCCGGUCCCCCGUCGGAUUCCUCGGACGUUUCCCUCUCUCCUUUCCAGCAAAUCCUGGAACGCGAACUGAGCGACAACGCAGACUGGGCGGACCCCGCAUCUUUCCCGCCUUCCGGCGUCGACGUGGUGUUCGCCACCGCCUAUGCGCUGCCGGACGGGAAGCAAGCGGUGGUGCUCCGCUUCCACACGGCGGUGUGUGACCGUACCACGGCGGUGUCGCUGCUGAGGGAGCUGAUGGAGGUGGUGGUGGAGGGGACACUGAAAGGAAUAAAGAACGAAGGGGAGGGUAGUUUUGGAAUCGAGGAUGUUGUGCCCGUUGAAAAGUCAAAAAAGAGGCUUUGGGCUCAUGGGCUGGACAUGCUUGGGUAUUCGGUUAACUCGUUUUUGUUGACCAAUUUGAGGUUUAAAGACGUAAAAGGGCCCAGAAGCUCUCGUGUGGUGAGGCUUCAAAUGAACCAAAAUGACACUUCAAAGAUACUUGACGGUUGCAAAUCUGUUGGGAUCAAGCUAUGCGGAGUUUUAACGGCGGCGGGACUACUGGCCGCCGCUGCCAUGUCUUCCAAAUCCCAACCGGAUCAUCAGAAGAAAAAGUAUGGGGUAGUGACCCUCACCGACUGCCGUUCAAUUCUGAAUUACCCUCUCUCCGCUCACCAUUUUGGAUUCUACCACUCAGCAGUGCAGAACGUGCACAUCGUGAGCGGCGGAGAAAGGCUAUGGGACUUGGCAAAGGCGAGCUACGCCGCCUUCUCCGCCUCCAAGAAAUCCAACAAACACUUCUCCGACAUGGCGGACCUCAACUUCCUGAUGUGCAAGGCCAUCGACAACCCGAGCCUGACGGCGUCGUCGGCGAUGAGGAGCUCCGUGCUGACGGUGUUCGAGGAUCCGGUGGUGUACGACAUCCGGCGUGACAUCGUUGGGCUGGAGGACUUCGUGGGCUGCUCGUCGGUUCACGGUGUGGGGCCGUCGAUGGCCAUCUUUGACGCCGUGAUCGACGGAGAACUUGACUGCGCGUGCGUGUACCCGUCGCCUCUCCAUUCGAGGGAGCAAAUGCAGGAGUUAGUGGAUCGCAUGAAGAGACUUUUGGUGUAUUCCACGUACCCAUCAUCAUAAACAAUAAAGAGUACUAAAAGUCUAAAACAUACUCAUUCCGUCCUUAAUUAGAUUACAAAUUUUUUUCUCUCCUUCGAUAACUGUUGUUUGUUUAUGUAAUUUCAUUAAGUAUUUAAUAAAAUAAAAUAUUCUUAUCACCGCUUGUUUUGUAAAAUUUUUGACGUAAUUUUUAAUAUGUACAGUAAUUUCUUAUCGAUAUACCAAUUUGUAAAUAAAAUGAUUUUAGAAAGUGAGUUUUUUCUCUUCGUAAACCCCAAUUUGUAAUCAAAUUGGGGAUGGAGG